AUGAAGAAAACUAUAUUAUGUAUGCAAACACCAAAUGUGGAUUCACCACUGUUGAAGCAACCAGACUUUAUAUCUGAAUACGAUUGUGUUAUUCAAGAGAUUACUUCCAAAGACAAACUUCUUACAUGCUUGAAAUCAUUAAAGGAGAAGAAUGCCAAUAUUGUUGCGAUUUAUGGUGGAUUUGGUGCUUUUCCAAUGAUCGGUGGUCUUACUCCUGAAUUAAUAAAUCAUCCUUUAUUCCCUUCUGAUACUUUAAGAUGUAUUGCCUUAUGUUCUCGUGGUUAUAAUGGCUACGACCUUGGUGCCUUAAAGGAACAUAACAUUGCACUAUAUAACUAUCAAGAUGCACAACCUGAUUCUCUAAUAACCCAAUUUCAAAUAGACUUAGUUGGUAACGAUGUAGCAGAUUGUGCUCUAUGGCAUGUUUUAGAGGGUUUCAGGAAAUUCAGUUAUCAACAAACAAUAUUACGUGAAAAUGGACAUACUGUUAAAGCAAGAUCCACGAUGGCAAAUUCACCGGAAGCUGAUAAGUUUGCAUUUGGACAUGAAUUAUCUAAUAAAAUGCUUGCUAUCUCCCCAAAGGGUAAAAAAUGUCUCUUACUUGGAUUGGGAUCCAUUGGUAAACAAAUUGCUAUAAAAUUACAAAUGGGUUUAGGAAUGGAAGUUCAUUACGCAGCAAGACAUGAAGCUGAUGUGAAAGAUCAAGGUGGAUUCCAUUGGAAAUUUCAUAAUAUCCAGACUUUAUUAUCUGAGAAUGAUGAUUCUGAAUUGAAUCAAUUCAAUGCUGUUGUAGUGGCUUUACCUGCGACUCCACAAACUUAUCAUUUAAUCAACUCUGAAUUCUUACAAAAAUGUAAUAAAGAACUUGUAUUGGUCAAUGUUGGCCGUGGUGAUAUUGUAGAUAUGGAAGCCGUCACCGAAGCUAUAAUUAAUGGACAAAUCAGACAUAUUGGUACUGACGUCUUUCACGAUGAACCAAAAGUAGACGACAUUCUGAGAAAUGAUAUUUUACAAUCAACGGUGACACCUCAUGUUGGUAGUGCCACUUCGGAAUUAUUCUCCCAAAGUUGCGAAUUUGCCCUGACGAAUAUUGUUAGAACCACUAGUAAUCGUUAUAAAGAUGAGCCUAACCACAGUGAUCUUAAAUUAUGCCGUGUUAUAUGA